AUGGAGUUCAACGUAAUUCUCACACUCAGGAUCAUUCAGGCCCUGCUGGCCAUCAUCGUGUUGGGCAUAUCUGCCUACGUCAUUGAUGUCUUCAGUCCUUUUAACACGAUUGACUCAGCCAAUUUCUUGUUGUUCAACUCAAUUUGGUCGUUUGUCGCCUUGGGAUAUCUCGUUGCUACUCCAAUGUUCUUCCCGAACUUCCACAACCGCUGGGGUGUUCUUGGAGUCGAAGCCAUUACUAUGGUCUUCUGGUUCGCGGGAUUUAUUGCUUUGGCCGCAGAUAUCCCCACCUUUCGCUGCGACCCCAACUUCAGGUGCCCGAUCGGUGCUUCGAAAGCGGCAGCAACUUUCGGAGCUUUUGCAUGGCUUGCAUGGUUAGGAACGCUCGGAAUGACGGCAAUGAAACAGUUUGAGAAAUACGAAGAACCACAACAACAGCCCUCUGAGGCACCGCAUUUACCGCAACUUUCGGAGCUGGGUACUGGUGACGAGGGACACGAAAACAGAAUUUAUGGACAUCCGCCUAUCGAUGGCAGUGGAACGCUUGAAAUGCCAGAUGUUGGACAGUAUGGGGGAAACGGUACUCAUGUUGAACAGGAGCGAUAA